UGGGGUGGAGAGAGAGCCCGCACCCGCACCUGGGGAGGAGAGAGAUCUCGCAUCUGCACCUGAGGGAGGAGAGAGCCCGGAUCCACACCUGGGGCAGGAAAGAGAGCCCGCAACCACAGCUGGAGCAGGACAGAGCCCGCAUCCGCACCUGGCGCGGGAGCGUAGCCCCGCAUCCGCAGUUGGGGCAGGAGAGAGAUCCCGCAUCCGCACCUGGGGCAGGACAGAGCCCACAUUCGCGCUGGGCAGCGCCCGCAGCCGCCCUGCUCCGUCUCCAGCAUGAGCGGCCGCGCCGGGGGAGCCGCGGGGCUCUGCCCCGGCCACGGAUGAGGUCUCUCCUAUGGACGUUGAACUCCCAGCUGCCUGUGCCUGCUGCCUGUGAUGGAAGAGCUUGAUGUGAAUGUGAGUUCGAGUGAGGGCUUCGGCAUCGCGGAGAAGAUCGUGCUGCUCUCCUUCAUCUCCGCCGUCAUCCUGAUGGCCAUCCUGGGCAACCUGCUGGUCAUGGUGGCCGUGUGCCGGGACAGGCAGCUCAGGAAAAUCAAGACCAACUAUUUCAUCGUUUCCCUGGCCUUUGCUGACCUGCUGGUGUCGGUGCUGGUGAUGCCCUUUGGAGCCAUGGAGCUGGUUCAGGACAACUGGAUCUACGGAGAGAUGUUCUGCCUGGUGCGCACCUCCCUGGACGUGCUGCUGACCACGGCGUCCAUCCUGCACCUCUGCUGCAUCUCCCUGGACAGGUACUAUGCCAUCUGCUGCCAGCCCCUGGUGUACAGGAACAAGAUGACCCCGCUGCGCAUCACGCUGAUGCUGGGGGGCUGCUGGGUGAUCCCGACCUUCAUCUCCUUCCUCCCCAUCAUGCAGGGCUGGAACAGCAUUGGCAUCAUUGAUCUGAUCCAGCAAAGACAAUUCAACAAGGCCUCCAACUCCACCUACUGCAUCUUCAUGGUGAACAAGCCCUACGCCAUCACCUGCUCCGUGGUGGCCUUCUACAUCCCCUUCCUGCUGAUGGUGCUGGCCUACCACCGCAUCUACGUGACGGCGCGGGCGCACGCGCGGCAGAUCCGCCUGCUGCAGCGCGCGGGGAACCUGGCCGAGCCCCGCCCUCAGGAGCCACGGCAGCACGCCCCCGACCAGCACAGCAGCCACCGCAUGAAAACCGAGACCAAAGCUGCCAAGACCCUGUGCAUCAUCAUGGGCUGCUUCUGCCUCUGCUGGGCCCCCUUCUUCGUCACCAACAUCGUGGAUCCCUUCAUUAACUACACGGUGCCCGGCAAGCUGUGGACGGCCUUCCUGUGGCUGGGCUACAUCAACUCGGGCUUGAACCCUUUCCUCUACGCCUUCCUCAACAAGGCUUUCAGACGUGCCUUCCUCAUCAUCCUCUGCUGCGGCGACGAGCGCUACCGAAGGCCUUCCAUCCUGGGCCAGACCGUGCCCUGCUCCACCACCACCAUCAACGGCUCCACGCACGUGCUGAGGUACACGGUUUUACACAACGGGCACCACCAGGAACAAGAGAAGCUUCCCAUCCACACUGACCCUGAAUCCCAAGAGUCCUGUUUCUAGUCCUGGCCCAGAAGAGGAGGAACAGAGGCCUUUGAGGAUAUCCCAAGGAUUCACAGACAGCAGGACCUGAACAUCCAUCCCUCUGCAUUGUCCUGGUGCCUCCUGCAGUGAAUUCCCAGGAAUGCCCAGCUGUGGGAGCUGGCUGGGAGCAUGGGCAGGGCCAGGACUGCUGUCCCUGUCCCUGCAGGAGCAGCUGGAGCUGUGCCAGAGCCCUGCUCCAGGACCAAAACAGCUCCA